AUUAAUUUUCGACUGAGCGAGGAAGAAGGCAGAGAAGGACGACAGUUUACGCAGAGAGAACGAAGAAGCCCGAACAAAAGGAAAAUCAUCGGAAGAGUGACGUCGCAAGAUGCAGUACAAGACUCUAAAGGAGUUGCUGUCAUGCAAGGCCGGUGAUGCAGCACCAUAUCCGACAACAAUGGUGAGAGUAUGUGUAAUCAAAGUUGGCCACACUGCGACUUUCAACAGCUCAAACGGGGAAAAAGGCCAGAUGCUGAACUUCAGUGUCGCUGAUGCUACUGAAGCCAUGACGGCUACAUUAAGUGACGAGACGAAGUUCAGCCAAAUAAGAGAAGGACGCUCCCUCACUCUGAGAAAUUUCUUGGUUAAAGGCACCCGUUUGGUUCUAUCCAAACAGACAAAGAUAAUGGCAGGACAAAUAGUCACCGUUCCAAAAGAACUCUCUUUAAAGGGAAUCGGCCUCAUUACUCCACAGUCACCAAAGAAGAGUCUGAAAGAAAUUCUUGAUGCCCCAGUAAAAUCGAUCUCCACUGUUCAAGGGGAAGUUGUGAAAGAUGAGGCCAUCAAGACGGUACAAGUCAACCAGACGGAGACCAAAGUGAGAACGAUUACGAUACAAGAUAGCGAUGCGGAAAUAGAGUUAACUCUUUGGAGGGAAUUGGCAAAUCAGCCAAUUACCAUUGGUGAUUAUGUAGAAGUGUCCCACUGUGUUGUUGCAGAGUGGCAAAGAAGAAAAACCCUGAACUCCACCCGCAACACUGUAGUGAAGAAGACACAACCACAAGAGAGAAAAGUUACAGGGCAAGUGGAAGCCAUUUCAUUUGGAGAUGCUACCUGUGAGGUUUGUCUUCAGGAGAAUGGGAUUUUCAGAGACUAUGUCGUAGAUAUAGACAUGAUAAGAGGACAGUUGCAACGUUUUGGGGAUGUGUCACAGAUGACCGUCGAGCAGAUGGAAGACGUCAUUGUGCAGAGACUUCCGUUUCAAGUACAAAUAACUGCAAUUGGAAUGUCCGUCCAAAGUAUUCUGCUUUAAAUUGUUUCAACUUUACAAUGCCCUGAGUAGUGCCAAAAUUGGGCCAUGCCAAAUUGCAGAACCAUCAAUUUCCUCUUAACUUCAAACAUUCCGCAUUGGAUAUAAAUUCACAAUAAACCUAAAAAAGUGAAUAGAGCAUGGGUCAGAGUGAUUGUUUGAAAUAAACUUACAUCUGAUUCAUUUACUCAUAAAAUUCAGCAUAACAAUAAUGCCCACCAAUAUUCCAAAUGUUUUGUUUAUUGUCUAAAUUUCAUUGUUUUUGAACUUGAACUAAAACUUAAUACGAAAAUAUCUAUCAUUUACAUUUGUGAUGAAACUACCGGUAAGUGUUCAAAAUAAUUUGCAAUUCUGAUGCAUAAUUUCUUGUGAGUGCCAAUAUUUACACAAUUUUCUCAUUUUUUAAAACAGAAAUAUAUCUCAAAAAAAUGUGCCAAAUCAAAAUUAAAUGCCUGGAGAGAAUUCUUUUGAAUUCAAAAUGUUAUGUACAGUUUUUUUUGUAUGAAAAAAAAAAUCUUCUUAUACAUCAAACACUAUAAUGUUGCAACAGUUUUUUUCAUAUAUGCAAUUGUUCCUAAACUAUGCAUUUCAACUCCUAUUUGUGCCAAUUAUAUUUAUUUUCUCUUUAAAAUCUCAAACAUGUCAGAUAUUGUAACCAUAUUUCUCCACAAAAUGUAAAUUCCUAUUAUUUUGUAUAAAAUAUUCUGCUUCAAGUUAAACGUUUUUGUAAAUAUAUCUUAUGUUAGUAAUGCUUGUUUAUAUUUUUAGUAGAUGUGCUUAGACUAUAAAUUAUGUUGUAGUGUUUUGUUAUUCCUAUCAUUUGUUUUUAAUAAUUCCUCUCCCCUUGAAUAAAAAUGUGCUCAGGUUUAUCAAACCAAACCAAAAUGAAACUAUGAUAGAUUGUUAACUUUGUACUAUACCUUAUUAUAUACCAAUAACUAGAUUUGAUAUCAAACAAGGGAGAUAUUUCAGUUUUUCCUGUUAACAAUUAUGCUUCCUCAUAUUUACAGUAUUAUUUUUUUUUCAUAGUAUUGUACUUAGUUGUUUUUUUGUCUAGUGUUUAGUUACGUUCAUCAUCUGUUUUACACAAGUGCCUGCUUUACAAGUUAUAAUUUACAAGUCCAUACUUCUCGCCCAAUAUAUUGUGUUUUUCACAUCUCUGUUUUGCAUGUACUAUUUUUUACCAUGCAGUUAUUUUCCUUUUCUUAUCCAACAUAACAUACAUGUCCAAAUUUGUUGCACAUUGUAAAAUGUUUUUCACUUAUGUUUGUACUUUUUUCCUUUCUUAUGUUAAAUUCCUUACAAUGCAGUUCUGCUUUAAAACAUAUCAAAAUUUGUCACACAAUGUAAUGUGUUUUAUAACUUGUGAAUAUUUUGGAUGUACAUUUCUUUACAAUGCUGUUAUUUAUAAUAUACAUGUCCAUAUUUGUCACACGAUGUCAUGAGUUUUUCACAUGUGUAUGUUUUGGAUGUACUAUUCUUUGAAAUGCACUUGUUCUUACUUUUCUAAUCUGAUAUAAAAUACAUGUCAGUAUUUGUUGCACAGUGUUUUGUUUUUUUUCACGUGUCACUUUUAAAUGUACAAUGUCUUACCAUGCAGUUAUUUUUUCCUUUUUCAUAUCUGACAUAAUAUACAUGUCCAUAUUUGUCACACGAUGUCAUGAGUUUUUCACAUGUGUAUGUUUUGGAUGUACUAUUCUUUGAAAUGCACUUGUUCUUACUUUUUUAAAUCUGAUAUAAAUACAUGUCGAUGUUUUAAAUGUACAAUUCCUUACUAUGCAGUUAUUAUACUUUUCAUAUCUGACAUAAUAUACAUGUUCAAAUUUGUUGCGCCAAAGCAAAAACAAUCAUUAUGUCCGAAUGAUUUACUUUUUCCUCACAUUGUUCCAUUUAUAAUAAACCUUUUGUGCCAUUCCAACUUCCUCUGUUUAUCAAUGAUAA